AUGCGGCGCCUCAUCAACCGCCCCCGGCCCCCGGCCCCGCCCCCGGCCGCGCCGCGCCCCCCGCCCCGGCCAGCCCCGAGCCCGCACCGAGCACCCCGCGCCGCACCUAACAUCGCCGGGCUGUCGGGCCCCGAGGACGCCCCGCGCCGGCCCAAAGGGCGCCUGACGGCGACGCAGUGCCUGGGCCACGAGUGGCUGAAGUCGCAGGCGACGGUGGCGCUCGACAAGACGAGGCUGAAGCGGUACGUCAUCAAGAAGAGGUGGAUCAAGGCGGUCAACACGAUCAUCGCCCUGAGGAGAAUGGGGGCCAAGCUGGAAUGGGAUGAUACGAACGCGUUAUAGAUUUUCUUCCAAACAUUUGUUUUUAUGAAACAAAAAAUAAAUUGUUUUCUUGUUUUGUAUAUGAUUAAAAAUAUUACCCUCCUUUCCCUGACCAUUAAUUUGACCUCAGCCCAUGCACACCACACACAUCACCCAUGCUCUGCACAUGCACGUUGUCAUCGGCCGUAGAAUAGACAAGAAAACAUAACCGACGCAAAAUAUGUUGUUAAUUACGUCUGUUUGAAUUAAUAUACUUUACUCCAUAAUUGUUCCUAUUUUGAAAUAAUAUUUGGGCUGAUUUUAGUGUUAAAUGAUUCUCGCUUAAUAAAGUUGUAUUUAUGUUUGUUGUACAUACUGUUCUAUCUGUAAAAUAAAGUAUUCAGUG